GAUUUCGUCUUCUGAAUAUCCAAAAAUAAAUCAACAAAAACAAAUGGUUGCUUCGACAGACGUUUUUGCAGUUAUCGCGCGUGCAUCUUCAGCUGAUUUUGACAAUUAUUAGGUGGCAAUGGUGGAGAUAAAAAGUCUGCCCUUGCUGCAGGAUGCCAGGUUUAUUGUUAUUGAUGAAGGUGUCGAAGUGCUGCAUGGGACAGAUCUCGUUGCAGGCUGGCUGAACAUGUGGAAAAACACCGGCUCCACUCAUUCCACAGAUUUAUUACUAUUUUCAGAUCCGAAAAUAGCGUUUGAUCACUGGACAGAGAUGUUUGGGGAAAAAUGCUUGAGAGUUCAUGAUUAUUACACACAAGAUAUCGAUGAUAUUUAUAAUCUGCAGACUGUAGAUCUGAAGGGGAUCAUGCAGAGGUUCGCCUCUGGGAAGGAAUCAACAGUCAUCAUCAAUUGUCUGAGUAGUUUAAUUCUGUCAGUUGGUCUGGCUGAAGCUGCAAGAUUCGUGGAGAAGCUGGGGACCCAGGUCUCUCAAUUAAUCUGUAUCUAUCGAAGAGAUUUUGGUAUCAACAGAAUUCCAGCGGUAGAAACCCUGGGUAGUACGUACGUUCGGCUCGAUAAAUCCAGCACGAACUCCUGGUGUGACAUCAAUUAUGAAAUAUCUGUUACACAUCGUAAACAGGGAGGCGGAAUUAUCAAACAUCAUGUGGUGAUUACUCAGGAUAUUUCCACGUACGAGAUAAAAUCUGAGAAAAUUCCAGUGCAGACUCCAAAAAAUCCUCAGACAUCUCCAAUGAAACCCCAAGCGACAUUCAGAUUAGACAUGAAUUCUCGCGAGCUAGAACAGAAAAAUGAAACCCCUCUGCCUUAUAUAAUCAAUAACGACAGGAAUUCGACGAACGAAUCGAAAAUUCUCUAUGUACCUGACGACAUUGAUGACCUGGACGAAGAAGAUCCCGAUGAUGAUCUGCCAUUUUGAUUUCAAGGAAUUCAUAAUAAAGAAGACUAUUCAAC